UUUCUAAAUAUUCAUACUCAUGUAAACAAUAAUUGAGUGCAAGGCAACCAUAAAGAACUCCCAAACUUUAUUAUUAGGAUAGGGAGUAAACAGAACACACAGAAAAUGUCUCACGGUGACCCACAGAAAUGGCACAUGCCUGGUUGGAGAAUAGAACAGAAAUAUGGUCCAGGUGUCUUGAUAGGCAACUAUGGAGAAGACAGAUAUAGAUUCCAAAGAGAUCCUACCAAUAUGUGCCACAACAGCACUCAUAGAACAGAUUUCAGAUCUUAUGGGGGUUACAGGCCUGAUGUUGUCAUUCGCAGGAAAGCUCAAAUCAAACAUGAUGGACUUGGCAAAGAAUAUCUCUUCUCACAUCAUGGGAAACGAUAUUCAAAUAAUAUGAUAUCUUGGUAUGAUGAGCAUUAUAAUAAGAGAGAACGAGAUGAGAACAAUAAACUUCCCAGCCUAAGAUCUUGGGACAGUCACAGUUUGGCAUGGCAGCCAGAAAAGUCAGACUAUCCCAUUCAAGGUGCAUCUACAAACUUUGGCCUGAAACAGAAACUAGAGAGCAAAUGGCGAGAUCAGAUUGCAGAUGAAACCAAAGGAGAUUACAUCACAAACUACCAAAGAUCACACACUUGGACACCAAAAGAAAGUUUACAGACAUUGAGAUAUGCGAAUGCUCGUGAACUCUCCACCACAUUGCACCCAUAUAAUAGAGUGAACAGUAACCUUAACCUUCGAAAUCAGACUGUAGGAGGUGUAGCAAAACAGCCAGAAAUUAUGCCAGGACAGUUCACACAUGCUGUUCCAACUGUUGGAGUAUAAUAUAGAUCUGCAGAUAUUAUAGCCAAAAAUUUCAUCCAUCAUAUUUUCUCAUUAAAUAUCUCUAGUUUGACUAUUAUUGGAUAAUUAUGUCUAGACUAUUUUACAAUGUUAUAUCACAUCUAUACACUAAACAAAAAUAAUCACUUUUAUCAAUUUUAUUAUUUUAAAUAAAAUAAUUCCAAAGAGUAGAAACAUUACAGAUAAACACUGGCUGUUUAUGUUCCAGUGCCAAAGCUAGCAAGUAAAAUGAAAAAUAUUGUGAAUGCUCAAAUCAUAAAUAUCAGAUAGGGUCGUUAUGAAUGAUAUAAAACAGUAUUAGACUGACAAGUAUUUAGCAGUUUGUAUGAGGGUAUUAUACCUGGAUAGUAUUAUCACAUAAUAGCCCACAUGGGCAAUGUCUGUACCUCCAAUCCUGAAUUACCCCAAAAUAUGUUACUUGUACCUUCAAUAGACUUUAGUCCUAGACUUCUUAUUUAAAAUACCCAACCAAAGCUUGAAAAUUAUUACUCCCCUGGUACUGUACUAAGCAGAAUGGCAAGUUCCCCAUUGGAGUUUCAUGUUUUCACCUUUCUUGAUUUUAAAAGGCAAUUAAAUCACUUAUUAAAGCAAUUUUUCAAGCUUAGAUAAUUGUAAAAAAUAAUGUUUAUAUCAAAGUCUAUUAAUGGUGCAAGUUACAUUAUUUUAGGGUGGAAUUAAUCUAAUUGCAAUUAUGAAAACUAUUGUAACCAUAUUGUUUUGUUUACAGAGUUAUGCAAAUCACCUUGCUUAUUGGAUGGCUUUUGUUAAUCACAAAUCAUUUAAUAUGUUGUAUGACUCUACAUCCU